UUUGGAUAAUAUAUGAACAGGUGAUGAUUGCUGCCCUGGACUGCAGUCGAGAUGAUUUGGCAUUGUUUUGUCUUCAGGAACUGAGGCGGCAGUUUCCUGGAAGCCACAGAGUUAAACGAUUGACUGGAAUGAGAUUUGAAGCUAUGGAAAGGUAUGAUGAUGCUAUCCAGUUAUAUGAUAGAAUUUUACAGGAAGAUUCAACUAACACAGCAGCAAGAAAGCGUAAGAUUGCCAUUCGAAAAGCCCAGGGGAAAAGUCUUGAGGCCAUCCGAGAGCUGAAUGAGUAUCUGGAACAAUUUGUUGGAGACCAAGAAGCUUGGCAUGAACUUGCAGAACUUUACAUCAAUGAACAUGACUAUGCAAAGGCAGCCUUCUGCUUAGAAGAGCUUAUGAUGACUAAUCCACACAACCACUUAUAUUGUCAACAAUAUGCUGAAGUUAAAUACACUCAAGGGGGACUCGAAAACCUUGAGCUAUCAAGAAAAUAUUUUGCACAAGCACUGAAGCUUAACAACAGAAAUAUGAGAGCUCUGUUUGGACUUUACAUGUCUGCCAGCCACAUUGCUUCCAAUCCAAAAGCAAGUGCAAAAAUGAAAAAAGAUAAUAUGAAAUAUGCCAGCUGGGCAGCUAACCAAAUAAACAGAGCAUACCAGUUUGCAGGUCGCAGUAAAAAAGAAACUAAAUACUCUUUGAAGGCAGUGGAAGACAUGCUGGAGACCCUGCAAAUCACUCAGUCUUAGGUUUGCGCAGAGAUCCAAUAUUAAAUAUUCCAAUAGCAUGUUCAGGCUAUAAUGACCUAUGGGUUACGUUACUCUAAUGCUGUUAAAAGUUAAUUUUGUACUGAUUAACGUGCUAUCUAAAAUAUUGUUUUAUGAAAAAUAAAAUGCCUAUUUAUUGCUGCUAUGAUAAAUGUGGUGAAUGCCCACUGAAAUGAAUAACUUACCCACACAGACAGCAUUAAGAACUGACGUGUGCUGCACAUCAGUGUCUUCAGAUUUUUGUAUCUACAGUACCUGCUUUCAAGCCGUAAUUUGUAGAAAUAAACUUGUUAAAUGAUUAAAAAAA